GGUUGACGUCCUUACGCCAGGCUAGAUGAUUGGCGAGGUAAGAUGGCGGCGCCAGAGGAGCCAGAAUUAUCCCAGGCGCAGACCGAAAAACUCCUUCAAUUUCAGGACUUAACUGGGCUGGAAUCAAUGGACCAAUGCCGCCGAACAUUAGAGCAGCAUAAUUGGAACAUAGAGGCUGCAGUGCAGGACAGAUUGAAUGAGCAGGAAGGAGUUCCCAGUGUGUUUAACCCUCCACCCUCCAGACCUCUUCAGGUCAACACAGCAGACCAUAGAGUAUAUAGUUACAUCGUCUCAAGGCCUCAACCCAGGGGAUUACUAGGAUGGGGCUACUAUUUGAUUAUGCUACCGUUCAGAUUUACAUAUUACACUCUUCUGGACAUAUUCAGGUUCGCUUUGCGAUUCAUCAGACCAGACCCUCGCGCCCGCGUGACGGACCCUGUCGGAGAUGUUGUGUCUUUCAUUCAUAGUUUCGAGGAAAAGUACGGUCGGUCACACCCGGUGUUUUACCAGGGCACGUACAGCCAGGCGCUGAAUGAUGCCAAACGAGAGCUCCGCUACCUAUUAGUGUACCUGCAUGGGGAUGAUCAUCAAGACACUGAUGAGUUCUGCCGCUCCACGUUAUGUACCGAAGAGGUCGUCACCUUUCUCAACACAAGAAUGCUCUUCUGGGCAUGUUCAACUAGCAAACCAGAGGGCUACAGAGUGUCUCAGGCAUUACGGGAGAACACCUACCCGUUCCUGGCCAUCAUAAUGCUGAAGGAUCGCAAGAUGACCGUGGUGGGGAGGCUCGAGGGCGUCAUUCAGCCAGAAGACCUCAUCAAUCAGCUUACUUUCAUCAUAGAUGCCAACCAAACAUAUCUGAUGUCAGAGCGCCUUGAACGAGAGGAGAGGAACCAGACCCAAGUUCUGAGGCAGCAACAGGACGAAGCCUAUCUGGCCUCCCUUCGCGCCGAUCAGGAGAAGGAGAGAAAGAAACGAGAGGAGCUGGAGCAGCGGAAGCAAGAGGAGGAGAAGGUCCGACAAAGUGCUCUUGCGGAGGAAAGAAGACGAAGAACACUCGAAGAGGAGAAGGAGAGGAAGUCAGAGUGUCUUCCUCCAGAGCCACCUGCCGACGAUCCAGAAAGUGUCAAAAUAGUGUUUAAGCUGCCGAACGAUACAAGAGUAGAAAGACGAUUCCUGUUCGGUCAGUCUCUGACGGUAAUACACGACUUCCUUUUCUCUUUGAAAGAAACUCCAGAGAAGUUCCAGAUAGUUACAAACUUCCCUCGCCGAGUCUUGCCCUGCCUUCCGACCGAGGAGCAGUCCAACCCACCGACUCUGAAAGAGGCAGGACUCAGUCGGUCUGAGGUCCUUUUUGUUCAGGACCUGACGGACGAUUAAUGAAUGACAUACCUCUUCCACGUGGAAACGCAUUUUCUCUGACACCCACCCACAUUUUGUUUUUUCAUAUUUUGUUUAAAUGGCUAUUAUGUGUAAGGGAUCAUUGAGAUAACGAUCCUCUCCUGGAAAACGAAACCAUCCUGCAUCCAGUCCACCUUUAGUUGUUUACAGGGUUCCCAAUAGCCUGGAAAGUCUUGAAUUCUAUCAAAUAAAUAUUUCUUCAAGUUG